AUGUCUCUCGCCCCAGCUCCGACCGCGACUCGCGGAGAGAUUGUUUUGCAGCCAAAUUACUUCACUUCCUCCAUUUACGUGCAAGCCCUUCGUGACGACAUCAAUACCCUCACACACCGCUAUCACGAAGCCUAUACAAAUGCCCAAUGCGCCCAGCCUUUUCAGCUGUUCAAAUCCAUCUGGUGUUCACAAGGGUGGCAUUGGCUAAUCUUCAAAGUCUUUGAUCGUCGCACGCGCGAUAGAUUUCUUGAUACCACCCUCCGAUUAUUUCUCGAAAGAAUGACGACAAAUGAGUCUCCAUUUACUCAAAUUGUUGCUCUCUUUGGGUUGUACACAUUUUUUUACAGCCAGCCCAAGGGAACCUCACCGCCAUUAUAUGGCGUUAGCAAUAUUCCUAUACCGCUCGAUCAAUACGUGUCGCUCAGGUCUUUCCCAGAAACAUUGACUACGCCACUACUACAGCCAUUUCAGCCCUCCAUAGUCUUCAUUUUGACAAAGCUGCUGAACGAUCAAGUUUUCUUUAUCGUUCCUCGAUCAGAUCUGGGAACCUUGAAUCCACGAGAUCUGCCUCGCGAGAUCUUUGUUGAUGAGAGUUCUGUCCAUGCGGUUGGAUCGACUGCACCAAAGAAGAAAGGCCGUCCGACAAAACGUGACAAAGCUAAAAAGGCCCGGAAGACGCUUAAUGAACUGGAGGAGUGGCUGACGCAAGAGCCUCCAACGGGUUCCACGACGGCGAUGGACGAAUACCAGAGCUUUAAGCAACAGUUGAUGGCCAACGUGGAUCACUCGGCCAUUGAAAAGGCCAACGGUUUGGUGCACGAGCGGUUAAAGGAGGCGCGGGCGGUUGUAACGAUGGGCUCUGGCGGAGAUUGGGGAAUUGAGCGUGUGGAGAGAGCGAUAUCGGAAAUGAAUACGUCGACUGGGAGUUAUGGAGUUCUGAGCCUAUUGUAA